UAGCUACCUAUAGUAGGCAAAGUCUCAGAGAGGUCGAGCGGCAAGAGCCACCUGUCUAAAUCUUCUUCCUUUCUAAGUUUCUGAAAAUGCUCUUCAAGGGACCGCGUACUCAAUUGAACAAUCCUUGAAGCGGAACGCGCAUGGGGACAGAGUUGCAAAUCAAAUCCUCUCCCUCUCUUUCGGCUGAUAUACAGUUCCACUGAACAUAUCAAUACAUGCUACUCCGGCCAGCACUCGUACGCCGAACCCAUUCUUUCGCAGUAUGAGCAACGAUAAUGAAUCGGAACCUCUUGAAUCGAGUUCCACCCUACCGAACUUCGCAGCCAACUUCACCCGCGUGUCUACCGUGACAGUCGCCGUCGAUCCAGUUGCCCUCGUCGUAACAGAAUGUAUAACCGUUACCAGUGCCAUGCGGAAGCAUGGGCGCUGGGCGCAUUCGAGUGUGUCAGCCAUUCUAGGCGGCAGCAGCACGAAGACAGCCCCGACUGCAAGAAAGGUUGGGAAGCCUGGAAAUGCGGCGAUGCUGGACGAAGAUGAUGCAGUGUCCAGCAGAUGGGGCUUGCGAGGGAAGAAGGGCAAAAGCUUGCAAGACAACCCUCUGAUGGCAGCAUUCUCAAGACUUAGAGCAGAGCUGAAGAAAUGCAAAGAUAUCAAGACCUAUGAUACACCCUCCCUAUUACAUCCCUUCUUGCAAGUCAUACGUUCAUCCUCGACCUCAGCGCCUAUCACAUCGCUAGCAUUAAUAGCGAUCACCAAGUUCCUGUCAUACAACAUUAUAUCUAGAGAAUCCCCGCGUCUGUCAGAGGCCAUGCAGCUUCUCUCUGCAGCGAUCACAAACUGUCGAUUCGAGGCCAGUGAUCCUGCCACGGACGAGAUCGUACUACUGCGAAUAUUGAAGCUCAUGGAAGGCAUAAUAUCUGCUCCAGGGGGGGAUUUACUGGGAGAUGAAAGUGUUUGCGGCAUGAUGGAAACCGGUCUGAGCAUGUGCUGCCAGCCCAGACUCUCGGAUCUACUACGACGGUCCGCGGAGAUUUCCAUGGUAUCAAUGUGUCAGGUCAUAUUCGAGCGUCUGAAGCAUCUCGAGGUCGAAGCAGGCGACGAACCUGGCGCCUUGGAGGAAGAUACCAAGGACGAUAUGGAAAUUUUCAAGAUGGACCCCGGAAAGAAAGAGGCAGCAAUGGGAACUGGUGCCGAAAGAAGUGAAGGCAUAGAAACCCGUUCAUCUGCAAGCCUGGAAAAACCAGAUGGUGCUUCCGACCUAACGCUACAGAACGGCAGCAGUACCAUUGACCUCCCAUCUACGAAUAACAAACUGAGUGGAGAGGAUACAUCACCUAUCAAACCCUACUCUCUUCCAUCGAUCAGGGAGUUGCUCAGGGUCCUGGUCGACCUACUAGAUCCCCAUGAUAAGCAGCAUACAGACACAAUGCGCAUUAUGGCUUUACGCAUCGUAGAUGUCGCUUUCGAAGUUGCUGGUCCAUCGAUUGCGAAUCAUCCAAGUUUGGCGACCCUUGCAAAGGAUACUUUAUGCCGAUAUUUGUUUCAAUUGGUACGAUCGGAGAACAUGGCUAUUCUCAACGAAGCUCUCAGAGUCUGUGGUACGCUUCUAGCGACAUGCAGAGGGGUUCUGCGACUACAGCAAGAAUUGUUUCUCUCUUAUGUUGUGGCGUGCCUCUUUCCACGGGUCGAUAUCCCUCUGGAACCUGGUAUCGAGCCGUGGCUUUACGAGGGAGUGCCGCAGGCACCAAGUCUAGUAAAACAGUCACAGCCUCGAUCAGAUCCUCCAAGUAGUGGGAGAUCAACCCCAGUGCCUAUUAAGGAUCGUCAGAGACUCGGUCUCGAAGGUGGAUCGCGCAAACCUGAUGCUAGAGAAGCCAUGGUAGAAAAUGUUGGCGCACUGGUAAGAACGCCAUCGUUUAUGGUCGAACUGUUCGUCAAUUAUGAUUGCGAGAUCGAUAGAAGUGAUCUCUGUAUGGACAUGGUCGGACUCCUGUCUCGUAACGCAUUCCCGGACUCCGCGACGUGGAGCACAACAAAUGUUCCGCCACUCUGCCUGGAUUCACUUCUGGCCUAUGUACAAUUCGUCAAAGACCGAUUGGACGACGAGCCGGUGAGAGAAGGACUACCGGACCCAGGUAUACUACGACAGCAGAGAGCUCGGAAAAAGACCAUCAUACGAGGAGCUACAAAGUUUAAUGAGAAGCCUAAAUCAGGAAUUUCGUAUCUAGCAUCGCAAGGUAUCAUUGAAAAUCCGGACGACCCGCGAAACAUCGCAAAGUUCGUCCAAGGAACAUCGAGGAUAGACAAAAAGAUCCUUGGCGAGUUUCUUUCAAAGAAGGAGAAUGGGGAGAUCUUGAAGGAAUUCAUGGAUCUUUUCGAUUUUGCUGGAUUGCGCAUUGAUGAAGCCAUCCGGUUGCUCCUUGGCUCCUUUCGUUUACCAGGAGAGUCGGCUCUCAUCGAGCGAAUUGUGGAGGUUUUUACAGAACUGUAUAUGGAAAAGGCGAAGCCGGAACAUAUUGAGGACGCUACUGCGGCAUAUAUUCUGACAUAUGCAAUAAUCAUGCUGAACACCGAUCAGCACAACCCCAACUUUAAAGGACAGAAACGCAUGGCGAUUGAGGACUUUGCGCGAAAUCUCAAAGGCUGUAAUGACAGCAAGGAUUUCUCCCGUGAUUUCCUGCAAGAAAUAUAUGAUUCUAUCCGGACACAUGAGAUAGUGCUACCCGAAGAGCACGACAACAAGAACUCUUAUGACCAUGCUUGGAAAGAGCUUUUAGUCAAAGUAGAGUCUACACCAGACUUAGUUGUGUGUGACACCAAUAUUUUCGAUGCUGACAUGUUUGCCGCUACGUGGAGGCCUAUCGUGGCGACAUUGUCAUACGUGUUCAUGUCAGCUACCGACGAUGCGGUCUUCGCUAGAGUAGUUGUCGGUUUCGACCAGUGUGCACAAAUUGCUGCAAAGUACGGCUUGACCGAUGCCCUAGAUCGAAUUAUCGACUGUUUGGCGCAUAUCAGUACCUUGGCUCCAGAGAGGACGCCAAGCACCUCCCUGAACACGGAAGUCCAACACGAGCAAAGAAGCGUCAUGGUCUCUGAGACUGCCGUUAGAUUUGGACGCGACGAUCGAGCUCAACUCGCGACAAUCGUUCUGUUUGGUGUCAUCAAGAACAACGAAAACAGCAUACGUGACGGCUGGAACUCGGUUCUGAAAAUACUCCUCAAUCUUUUUGUCAACUCUCUGAUACCUUCAUCUUUCUCGAGUGCUCGCGAAUCACUUGAGCUACCAGCCAUACCUUUGCAAAGUCCAGCCCAGAUUAUCGAUAAAGGCGACCGAGCAGCUGAGACUGGGCUGUUCUCUGCUUUCACGUCUUACGUGUCGAGUUUCGCGAAUGACGAGCCACCGGAGCCUUCAGAUCAAGAAAUAGAAUACACAUUGUGCACGAUAGACACGAUACAAACUUGUUCGCUGGAUGUCAUCACUACUAAUAUUCUAGAUGCGUCUAUGGAUGCUCUGAAUUCCCUUUUUGUCACGCUGCUUUCGCAUAUUCCGGAAGAGUCAUCGCCUCGCGUGAUAAUGGUCAAGCCGGAUGUUCCACCGACUAGCCCUAAUAAAGCAAAUGGAUCGAGGCGAAGUAUAUCAAAGGCUGCGUACGACCCAUCUUUUGUGUUCGUUUUGGAACUCGCUACCUUGUUGGCUCUUCGCGACGAGAAAACAGUAGAGGCUUUUGGCAAGGAUGUCGCAACUGCUUUAGAAACGGUCAUUCACGAUUCUGGCAACGUACAUCCUGUGGUUACCUCGCGAGUUGUCUACUAUCUCUUGCAGCUUUUGCGCGCGAGCAAUGACCACGACUUCAUUAAGACACCAAUUGUCCUCCACGCACUAUCGAGCUUUGAUGGCGACUUGCUCAAGCAAUGCGCAGAGCCUCUACUCAAGGGGCUUUUAGCUUGUAUCAGUGGACCACAAGGUUUGCGCAACGAGAUGGCCGGAUCGCCUGACUUCUGGUCAAUACUGCAUUCCCUUCGCACAAUACCGGAAGCGGCCCCUGGCGUUUUCAAAGUCGUCGAGGACCUCGCUGGGUCUGUACAGACAGGUAUCAGUGCUGACAACUACGAGGCAACUGUUGUCCUGUUGAACGAAUUUGCGACGGCAGCAAGUGUUGGUGCCAUAUAUGAGCAAAGAACGCAAGGGCGGAGGACGAAAACCGGGCAACAAGCGCAAGCUCUAUCCAAGAAGCAAGAGCCUGAUGCAGUCGUACAGCGCGGCGUAAAAGCCAUGGUGAUUGUCUACCAGCUGACAAGCCGCGUGCCGCAGUUGAUCGAGAAGUCUCAACUCGAGCCAAACGAAGCCUGGAACGCAUACUGGUCACCAAUAUUCCGCGCUCUUACAACACAGUGCCUGAAUCCAUGCCGCGAGAUUCGCGCUCAGGCUUUCUCCACAUUGCAACGUACCCUUCUCAACAACGGUAUUGUAUCCCCUGACCAUACUGAGUGGACGAAGAUAUUUGGACAAGUUCUCUUUCCUCUCAUCACGCAACUUCUGAAACCUGAGGUAUAUCAGUCCGACCCGGUGGGUAUGAGCGAAACGCGGGUUAGGGCAUCUACACUACUUUGCAAGAUCUACCUACAUUAUCUGGUGGCGCUCUCAGAAUGGGACGGUAUGCUGGAUCUUUGGCUCAAAAUCAUUGCGAUUAUGGACCGACUGACAAAUUCUGGACAAGGUGAUAACCUCGAGGAAGCUGUCUCGGAAAAUCUCAAGAAUAUAUUGCUUGUCAUGUCAAAUGGCGGAUUUCUCGCUCCUCCUGAUCAGAACCCUGACCAGGCAGAGCUGUGGAGUGAGACUUGGAAACGUCUUGAUAGAUUCCUACCACACUUUUUCGAAGAGCUAUUCCCUGAAGAGGCGAAGAAGGCCAAGGAGCCAAUAGCACAGCCCCCAUCGCAGCCGAGUGAGGAGCAGAAGGAGGAUGCAGUUCAGGGUGAUGAGAAGCAGGAUGCAGAAAAGGCAUAGAGUCGUAUCAAUUGGUACAUACGGAAGAGCGAGCGAGCAUGUGCAUAUUUAAGCGGCUGAAGAAGAGCAUUGAUCGGAUAUAUGGGACAAGGCUUGUUGUACAGUGAUUUUAAGGAAACGGUUGUCAUACGCAGCUACUAUUGAAAUGUAGGGGUGUGUUUGGUGCCCUUGAUGCUGCAUCGACCGAAACAGACUUCAUAAAUGAUGCUC